GGUCGUAAAAUUGAAGAAAUUCUAUCUACAGUACCUAAUGAUUGGAGUAAAGAAGAUUUGAAAUCCAAAGUGUCAGAUGCACUUAUUGAAGAAUUUGAUCCAAUUCAAAAACGAAUAAAUGAUCUUAUGAAUACAGAAGAAGGCCAAUCUACUAUAGUUAACUGUUUAUCACAUGGUUCAAGGCGAGCUAACCAGUUGGCUACAAAACGUUUAGAGCUAAUUUACUCUGCUAUUGGUUGGAUAAUACUUCCAAGUCAUUGGUCUCAUAAUCAGCAUUAUGCAAAUGCGAUUAAAAUGAUCUCGGUGGUCUUGUAAUAGUAUUCCGAUAGUCGAAAAUGGGUUUUAUGAAAUUCGCUGUCUCGGGCAUUUCUAUAUGUUUUGACGCGCAAACUUCAUAUCGCCUCCUUACGGGUCAUAUUAUCCUUC